AGAUGAGGGGAGCGGAACAUUGGUCAGCGCGCAAAGUUUGAAUAUUGACCCAUUCCCUUGUGUCCGCGAGUCUCCCAGAGCAGCCUUCCUCCCCCCGGCUGCGAACCAAACCAAACGAGUCUUCCCCCUUCUCUCUAGUCUCUACCAAUCGCUAUGCUCCUUCCCCAUUUCUUUAUUAUUAUUCCUCCCCCCAACCACCCUUCACCCCUUACCCUACUUCUUCUUCUCCGAUCGCAGCCGCCAAACCAUCUCUGCUGCUUCUUCAUCUUCUUCAUCAUCAUCAUCAUCACCACUUGUUUUCCGAUCAGCAAUACUUGUAAUUUCGCUUUGGCGCCAUGGGAGGCCUUUGUUCCAAGAGCUCCCACGCGGCGGUCAACGCCCCCUCCGCCGCCAACCCUUGGGCCGGCGACAAUCGGCGCCAAGUCGUCGAUGAUUACAAACUCAGAAACUCCAAGAGGACCGCCACCGCCACCGCCGCCGCCACUGAGGUUGCUCCGCCGCCGGCCGUGGAUAUAAAUACUACUCAGCAACAGCAGCAGCCUGCUAGAUACUCCCACGACGGUCCUGCACUUGUCUAUGAAGGAGGAGCUGACACUACUGACGAUUUCUACGAUGGGAUUCCCCGUUAUAAAUCCGGCUCUUUCAGGUCUAAGGCCAAGGUUUCGGAGGUGGGAUCACGUAUAGGCAGAGGGGCGGUAUCGGUGCUGGACACGCUUGGGAGCAGCAUGACGAAUUUGAAUUCCGGCGCCGGUUUCAAUUCAGCACCGCCGGCCAAGGGGAAUGAGAUUGCGAUUAUCGCAUUCGAGAUUGCAAACACUGUUGUUAAGGGCUACAAUCUUAUGCAAUCUGUUUCGACCAGAAGUAUCAAGAAUCUGAAAGAAGUGGUGUUUCCUUCGGAAGGUGUGCAGUAUUUAGUAUCCAAAGAUACGGACGAGUUGAUGAGGAUUGUUGCAGCUGAUAAAAGGGAGGAGUUAAAGAUUUUCUCGGGGGAGGUGGUUCGUUUCGGAAAUCGAUGUAAAGAUCCUCAGUGGCACAACUUGGACAGAUAUUUUGAGAAAAUCAGCAGAGAACUUAUUCCUCAGAAGCAUCUGAAGGAUGAGGCCAGUUCGGUAAUACAGCAACUGAUGACAUUGGUCCAGUAUACUGCUGAAUUAUACCAUGAGUUCCAUGCAUUGGACCGAUUUGAACAAGACUAUGAACAUAAGCGGUUCGAGGAGAGUAUUUCAUCUUCCACUGACAGAGGCGAUACCCUUGGAAUCUUGAGGUCUGAACUAAAAAGCCAAAGGAAACUAGUUAAAAGUUUAAAGAAAAAGUCACUUUGGUCCAAAAGUAUGGAAGAGGUGAUGGAAAAGCUUGUUGAAAUAGUUCACUUUUUAUAUCUAGAGAUACAUGCUGCCUUUGGUAGUGCUGAGGGUCAGAAAACCGUGGAGGGAGCUACGAAUAAACAUCAAAAGUUGGGACCUGCUGGACUUUCUUUACAUUAUGCAAAUAUCGUUCUUCAAAUCGAUACUCUUGUAGUCCGGUCAAGUGCUCCGCCUCCAACUACAAGAGAUACAUUAUACCAGAGCUUGCCGCCUAAUAUAAAAUCAUCUUUACGCUCCAAAUUACACUCUUUCCAUAUUAAAGAAGAGCUCACUAUCACAGAAAUCAAAGCUGAGAUGGAGAAAACUCUGCACUGGCUUGUUCCAAUGGCUGCAAACACAGCCAAAGAUCACCAUGGUUUUGGCUGGGUAGGUGAGUGGGCGAGUACUGGUUCUGAGACAAACCGUAAACCAGCUCCACAGACUGAGGUGAUUCGGAUUGAGACAUUCCAUCAUGCAAAUAGGGAAAAAACAGAAGCCUGUGUACUCAAACUAGUAUUGUGGCUUCAUUAUUUGGUCUCUCAAAGUAAGCCUGCAUCCACUAGUGUGGGUAUGCGGUCACCUGUUAAGUCCAUAGCUACCAAAACCCUCCCAAAGACAAAUGAGCAGCUCAAGGACAUUCCCCCCUCAACCAUGCUAACAACUGACGACCAGGAGAUGCUGCAGGAUGUCAGCAAGAGAAGACGGGUUCCCGGAAUUAGUAAAAGUCAGGACUAUGACAACGCAAACUCUAGUUUGGGAAACCGGAGCAGAUUGAACAAGAGUAACAGCUAUACAUCUGGGGAAGAAACCAAGAAAUUGUUACCUUUCAGUAGGCUCUCUUCUGGGGUUCCUGUCAUUGAUUUUGGUAUAGAUAAGGAAAAAGCCUUGGAUGUCAUAGAUAGAGUGGACACACAGAGAGAUCAUCAUCAUCCAAGGGAGUAAAGUAUCUAGGGAUGCUUUGACAUUGACUAGUGUGAUGUAUGAGUGUAAUUACUACUCCCACGAGAAAUUUACUGUGCAUAUUUUCACUAUGGGUAGAGCCACUUUUAGUUGCAACUGUCCUGAACGGGUAUAUAGAGGGCGUAAGUUUGCGGACAGUACAACUCAUUUGUUUAUUGCAAGUUUUUGUGUUUUGGUUUAUUAUUUUCUCAUGAAGCUCAUUUUAAGUUC